AGGAAAUGGACCUGUCCAUGUGGCAGCGCCUCAAUCGGGGCAUCGAGACGAAUGGCACCAACGUGCCUGACCAUGUGCAGCAGCAGGUUUAUACCCUGGUGAACAAGGCGUUUAUACCAGAGCUAGCGGUCGCGUCUGCAAGAAAAAGCGAAGGACGUGAAGGGGGUCCAGAUGAAGGUGGCGGCCCUGGUGAGGUUGCAGCAGAGAGGCCAACAGCGCCGCUGCUUGCACCCUUUGCCGCUGCGGAAGGUUGGGCGCAGAUUGUCGGUGGUGGCUUUCCGAAACCCAGCGGUGCUGCGGGUGUGCAGACGGUCACGUACUCGCAUGUCUCCAGCAUCUUCAGUGAAGUGACACACGGAAACUCAGGCAUUGUGCGGAGUCCUCUGGCUGCUGGUACAGACCUGAAGAAGUCCGAGGCACCCAGUCGCAUGGCAAAGCGGGACGACUUCGCUUGGCUGUCUGUGGUCUACACGCUUUUGUUCUUUGCUGCUCAUCCGCAGACGGGUGCACCGUACGCUUUCAUCGAAUUGCGACGGGUUUGCAUCGCCCAUAUGGAUGAAGGCAACCAAGAGCUGACAUUGGUGGGCGCGUUGGACCCCGAAGAACCUGACACAGCAGACUUCACGGUGCAUCGGCGGGAUGCCAAUGGGAUAUCUCCUGUUGGGAUUGUGUUGCUGCUUCCGGAUGGACGGUGGCAGGAGCUCAGCAUGCCCAAGCUGGAUCUUCGUUUCCCUUCAGCUGAGAGCUUGAAGAUGUGGGCCAAUCACAUUAUGGCUGGUGGUCAAGGUAAGCAGGGCCGGCCCUCCGGUGCUUAUGCCAGAGGAGUGCAGGUGACCUGAGCUUUGCGGUGACAGCUGACAAGUGGCUGCACGAGAACUUUGAACCGUAGACAAGGGAGCGCGGUUGCUUCCAUAGAAACAGA